AUGAAACGGCAUCUACAAACUACCAAGAGUAAUAGCGAAGAUGGGGGGAGAUGCCACAUCCCUGUAAUUCAUAAUAAUACCGAGCAUGAUUGUAUUGAACCAUCAGUUUUAUUUCAGCAACCAUCAGUUUUGUUUCGGCAACAAUCAGUUUUACAUCGGCAACCAUCAAAUUUACAUCGGCAACCAUCAAUUUUACAUCGACAACCAUCAGUUUUACAUCGGCAACCAUCAGUUUUACAUCGGCAACCAUCAAUUUUACAUCGGCAACUAUCAGAUACUAUUAACGGCCAAAAUAAACAUUACCAUGAAAGGACCAAUCAAACAAACCAAUGA